AUGCCGAAGAAUUCCUACGCCGGCGGCUGCGAGAUCCAAGCCAGCGGCAUCAACUACCGCAUCACCGUCUCCAGCCGACCACACCCUCCUCUCAAGGUCUGGAGCAGGUCAGACGACGACGUCCAUGUCCAAGACCACCAGGACCACCACCACCACCACAGCGUCCGCCAUGUGCUCAGGGACGUCUCCUGCCGCGCGCGCCCCGGCGAGCUGCUCGCCAUCGUUGGCCCCAGCGGCGCCGGCAAGUCCACCCUGCUCGAGAUCCUCGCUGGCCGCCUCUCCCCGUCCCCGCAGCACGACCUCCUCCUCCUCGACGGCGCCGCCGCCCACAGCGCCGACCUCCGCCGCGUCUCCGGCUACGUCACCCAACAGGACGUACUCUUCCCGCUGCUCACCGUGCGCGAGACGCUGCUCUUCAGCGCGCGUUGGUACGCCAACUCGCGGGCGCGCGAGGUCGCGGUGCUGUCCCAGCGCUUCUUCAAGAACGUGGCGCGGACGCGGCAGCUCUUCGCGUGCCGCACCGUGUGCAUGCUGGUGGCGGGGCUUGCGCUGGGCUCCAUCUUCUACGACCUCGGCGAGGACAAGGUGGCGGAGCGCGUGGGCCUCUUCGCCUUCCUGCUCACCUUCCUCCCGUCGUCCACCACGGAGGCGCUGCCCAUCUUCCUGCAGGAGCGCGACAUCCUGGCCAAGGAGACGUCGUCGGGGGCGUACCCGGUGUCGUCGUACGCGGUGGCCAACGCGGUGGUGUUCCUGCCCUUCCAGCUGGCGCUGGCCGUCGUGUUCGCGGCGCCCGUGUACUGGCUGGCGGGUCUCCGUCGCACGGCGGUGGCGUUCGGCUACUUCCUGCUGGUGAUAUGGCUGAUCCUGUACACGGCGAACUCGGUGGUGGUGUGCUUCGCGGCGGCGGCGGCGCCGGACUUCGUGGUGGGGAACGCGGCGAUCCAGGGAGUGAUGGGCUCCUUCUUCCUCUUCUCGGGCUACUUCAUCGCGCGGUCGGCGAUGCCGGCGUGCUGGGUGUUCAUGCACUACCUAUCGCUGUUCGAGAGGGGUAUUUCGGUACUUUCGAAACAAACGUGA